GGCAGCCACCCAACAGGUGGAGAUCAAGGAAAAAGAGAGAGAGAGCUAGAGAGCGUGAGCGUGAGCGAGCGAGCGAGAGAGAGAGAGAAAGAAAGAAAGAAAGCAAGUAGCGCGCGCGAGAGAUAAAGUUUCGUUUCAAAACUUGUCCGAGAGAGAGAGAGAGAGAGAGAAGGGACGUCCCCUGGAAAAUUUCGCUGCUCCGUUUUCUGGAAAGGUGGUGGUGGUGUCUCUCGCCGUCGGUUUGUUAUUAUUUGUUCAGUUCCAGCGCUGGCAGGAGGCAGGUUGGAACCAGCAGGAGAAGCAGCAAAUAACAACAGGACUUUGUAGUAGAACAACAACCCGAGGGAGAGAGAAGAGAUUUUUGGGGGGCACAAACGAAUAAUAAAAAACAAACGCAGGGGGAAAGUAAGAAACAUAACGUAGGAGAGAACACGAAAAUAAACAUCUCGGUUUUACAAUAAUAAUCCAUCAAGUGAAAAUCUUAAACAAAAAAAAAUCUUUAAAAAAAAGGAGUUUUGAAUCAGACAUCCCGGUGUCGUUCGUAACACGAAUAUUCCUUGAAAUUCAUCGACUACCUGACCCCUCCCCCACACAAACCUCCAGUUCUGAGUUAUACCUUGAGGAUGAGCCGUCGAGGAUGAAUUGCAGUACCAGCUCAGCGACGACCAUAAGUUCUUGAAAGCCACUUCGGAACGGAAGAAAAGAGAAGGAGAGACCCGAACGCUAUCUCAAGAAUGGUGUGCACACAUCUGCCUCGACAGCUGGUUGCUAUUGUCGCGUGUUUCUCAGUCCUCGCUCUCCAGUCAGAUGGCGCCUACGUUUACGGCCAACCGCUGCAUCUGGGUUACGACAGACACCUUGAAAAUCCGACAUCUGCAGACACAGUCUCCUUCGAGAGUCUAAACGGGCUACCAGCAGACGGAGGGAUCAGUUGGGAUGUGGCUGGCAGAGGUCUUCAGAGUUCAGACGCCCCCCUUCACUCCAGCUUGCUCAGAAACGACAAAAACCUGAGCCCCAGGAACCGCCUGCAGACGAUCGAGAGGCCCCCGCUCCCUUCCCUGUACAUCCCCGAGAGAUAUAGCUUGGUGCCUCCGGAGGAGAAUUUUUUAAGGGAGCUAAUAUUACACUCUGCUGCCUCUGCGGAAACUCGAGGGACGGGAGGCGGCGGCGGUGGUGGUCUGUGGAAGAAGCUGGUAGCUUCAAGCGAUUACAUCUUGCCUGAGACCAAUGCUGAUCAAGUUGAUUUGAAGCUUCCCACUGUAGAUUCUACAGCCGACAAAGAUUGGUUGUACCAAGAAAAUUCCCCACUGUACUUGAAGCCAAAGCGGAUGUACCAACACUUCCCACAGCAGCUGCAAAGAGGCCUGUUCCAGUCAUAUGAAAUGCGAGGAGGAGACGACAGUCUUACAAAGCCUAGGAUGCCAGCAUCCAAGAAGUGGUGGGGUGGGCGCCCCCGCCCAAGGGGGCAGAUGGAUCGAAGAGCAUCGCAGAGCAAGCAUUAUGAUUGUCUAAAAUCGUGCAUCAAGGAAGGGAAGUUACAUCCUAUACAGUGCCACACACUUUGUUAAGUACAGGAAAUAAAACAAGAUGAUUUACGAAGACCCCCCCAAGGAAAUAUCUAUCGCCUCUCUACAACUGUUCUUCAGAAGAAACCAAGAGUUUGGAUUCCCAAGAUUGCGAUAUAAUAACUUUAGACAUAGUUUACCGUAGCUAUUUUGGGCGAUGGAGUAUUUCUGUUUACGCGACCGUAGGUUUAAGGCAAGAGAUAUUAUCCCCCACCAGAAAAAUAUAUAUAAUAUAAUGGAAAUAAUAUUUCAAUAUUUUGCUCCGUGACAUGUUAAGCACUGCCAGAUCAUGGAACAAAAUGUAACAAAAAAAAAAAAAAAAGUUUCAAUUAUAUAAAAUGAGGGAAGUGAUUUAGACCUCAUAACAAAUAAAAUAAAUAAAUAGAUAAAUAAAUUUUAAGGCUGGAUACCUGGAUUGAACAUUGCCAAUUAUUGUCGAAUUAUAAUAAUCUUUUUCUUGAGAAUUUGAAUUAGUUCUUGAAAGAUUAAGAAAAGAUUUUUGUUUACAUUAUUCUUCUUCUUCCUCUAUUCUUCCUCCUGUGGAUCACGGGAAGUUAUAACCAAUCAUGUUCUUGGAUCUUAUUAUGAACUAGGCUGGACAUAGUACGUAUCAUUGAAUCUUGGCUGGAAGACAGUUUUUCUCCACAUACCUUCAACUUUCAAUCUAGAGUGCAUUUGUGGCCUCAGAAAAUGGCCAGAAUCCAAGAAGACGAUCAAUUCUAGUCCCACAAUUCUUAACCAUUGUUUACAGUGAGGGGGUAACGAGGCUGGUCCCUACUGACUGUGAACAAUAUGUCCUUGAAAGUCAUUUUAACGAUUUAAUUUCCCUCGCUAUUUCUUCCUGAGUGUGUUUCGUGGUAUCAAUAACGUCGACGUAGGUAUUUCAUCCAUGGAUAAACCUGUUUCGUGAAGAGGAAUUGUAAGACAAGAAGUCGGAUUGUGAACGAUCGGAGGAUGGUCAACUUUUAAAACAAUUACCUGGAGUACGGUGUAACUCAAUUUUGUAAUUACCCGAAUUAAGUUUUUUUUUCUAUUUCCAUAUCUAAAUUAAGAAGACAGACAGAACUUUUAACUGCUUUAAUUUGCAGUAUGCCUCAUUUGUUUGUUUGGGUGCGUGUGUUGCAUCUACAAAGUAUUAUCUACCAUGUAAUCCUUUCUCUUUUUUUGUCUAAUCAACAUUUAUCUUAUUUAAAUUAAGUUUGUUUGUCUAAUCAACAUUUAUCUUAUUUAAAUUCAGUAUUAUCCAAUAGUUUUUACCAAUAACCUCCAAUAAAGAAACAUUUCCCAAUUGCCCUGUAUAAUUUUGCACAAUUAUAAAUCCGAUGAUUUUAGACUACCUUUCCCGUCUUUUUAUGUUUAUCUAAAUCAUUUAUCGCCAAUUAAAAAAAACAGCAUGAAAAUUCAUGCUCAGUAUGUAUUGACUGAUUCCAACUGAAGUUUCAAGGUAUAUAAUUACCCACCUUUAGUUUGGGUUUCCCUCCUUUUAAUACAGUUUAGUUUCAAAUUACCGUGGCAACGAGAUGACUGUGGACAUCAUUUUCCAAUCAAGUUGAAUGACCUAAAAAAAUUAUCAUGAUGCGUGCAAAAAGAUAACAGAUUGAAAAAAAAAGAAUCCCUUUAAAUGACUCGUAAUUACUUUUUAAAAAUUCCCUUUAAAGGACUCGUAAUUACCCUCAAACUCCCUUUUGAAUAACUCGUAAUUAUCUUUUUAAAAAAAAUCCUGAUAGCCUAUGACGUGGUUACUGAGCCUACCACGCCUACUUAGGAAACUGGUGUCUUACAGUCAAAGAGGUACGGUAACUAUGACUAGACUCCUGACGUGUUUCAACUUCAAAACUGAAUAAACAGCAAAUCAGGCAGUGGCCAAGAUUCUGUCAUUUACGAAAACCUGGAUAGCCCUGGUAUGGUACAGAAUACAUAUUUGCUAGUUAUGAGUUAUGUUAUAGCAACAGUAAGUCGUAUAUAAAAUAACGAACAAAAAACAUAUCUAUCUUAUUGGUCUAGUGUGUCAAUUCCGACAGACGUUCAAACCGAAACACUGAAGUAUUUGUAAAGUGUCAUCCUAAACUUUGUGGUGAGAUUAGACUUAAACACAAGAUUGCAAAUGUACCAUACGGUGAAAUAGGUAAAAAGUAACAUGAUUUCUGAGGUUCAGUCAACAAAGGAUGAAUAUUCAGACCGUAGAAGGCUCUAGGCGUUUUUACAACCAGGUUCGUUAGCAGGACAAAGCGCGAAUUUCCACAAAUCAAUCUUAUUCAUGGCUGUCAUCAUAACAAGAACUGAGUUUUCAAGCUUAUCCUGUUUUCGGAUCCAUUGGCAUUAUAAUAUCUCUCAUGUAUUCAUAAUCAGGAAUUACAAAUUGGUCUGUACGUCACACUCUAACAACUAUCAUUCAGGUGCAAUUACCUAUCUAAUGUGGAUAUAUAAUCUUUGUAAAUGCUUUUUAUGUUUGAAGUUUUGUUGUAUACUUGAGAAAUUAUAAAAAUAAAUGCAGCAAGAAGGAGAAA